GGCACUCUGGGAUGGGUAUAAAAGUGCCCGACCUCACAUCUCGUGCCAUCAUUUCUCUUGUCUCCCUUCUCUUGUGCUGUGGAUCCUCACCCCUGAGCCAUGGUUCACACCCUGAGCCCCUGCACCGACGGCAGCGCCUCUCCCUGCGGGGUGGCCGUGCCCCAGCCCGUGGCCGACUCCUGCAACGAGCCCUGCGUCCGGCAGUGCCCYGACUCCACGGUGGUGAUUUACCCUCCCCCGGUGGUCGUCACCUUCCCCGGGCCCAUCCUCAGCACCUUCCCGCAGCAGAGCGCCGUGGGAUCGGCGGGAGUCCCCGAAAUUGGAGCUGGGGCUGGGGGCGCUGUCGGAUCUGGGGUCGGAGGUGGUUUUGGUGCUGCCCGAACCCCUGGAGCUUGCCAAGUUUAUGGCGGAGCCAAGUGGGGCCGGGGGUACCCGGUUGGGACCUGCAGACCCUGCUAAAGCCGGGGAGUGGCUGCUGGAAGAGGGUGACCGGAAGGGUGCAGAUCCACGGCCGAGCUCCAGGGCCCCACAUUUAGGGAGAGUUGAGCAUUUGGGGUGGCAUUAAAAGCAUCCAUGGACUAUUAAACCUCAAAAAUCCAUUUCCAUCCUUCUCUCACCCUUUCUGGUAUUUAUACAGCUUUCCUGCCUCUCCAASCACUCUAUUCUCAAAGCUCUGCACUGUUCAUGAUUCCUUGGGGGUUUUUAGGGAUCUUUGUGUCUUUCCACUGACAGUAGGUUUAGAUUAGGUUUUAGGGAGAAAUUAGGAGGGAAUUCUUUCCUUUGAGGUCCUGGCACAGAGCAGCUGUGKCUGGAUGCCUGAAUGUCCCAGUCCAGGCUGGAUGGGGCUGGGAGCAGCCUGGGACAGUGGGAACUGUCCCUUCCCAUGGGCAGGGAUGGCAUUGGAUCAUCUCUGAAACCCCUUCCACCCCAAACCACUCCGCGCCUCUGUGGCUGUGACAAUGUCGAGGAUUCGGUGCGAGAUCCACUUCAGAUCCAUUUCAAAGCUCUUUCCCUGAUURCCAAUGGACAAAAAGGGUUCUGGAGCAGCCCAGGCCCUGCUCUGCUUCUGUGCCACUGAUCGGGGCUGGGCAUCGCUGUGGGAGGAGCAGCCCCAGACCUYGCCUGAGUCACGCCGGACCCAGCCACGCCUGCGGGCAGUUUGUGACCGGUGCUCCGUCACCCUGCCCUGUGUCACCUCUCCUUCCUCAUUAAACCAGAUGUUGCAGCAGA